AUGGAGAGGGCCGAGAAGAGCCAGAAAUCCCCUUCAGAGCAAGAUAGAAUUGACAUUCUUCACGAUCGGGAUGCCGAAAAGAUCUUACCCUAUGAAGCCGAUGAUUCGCCUUUUCCCGAGGUGCGGGCUGUCAUCCAGCCAGUCAAUGACUUGACGCUGCCUGUUAACACGGUCCGCAUGUGGACUAUUGGUAUUUUGUUUACUAUCGUCGGUAGUGGACUGAACCAGUUCUUCAGCUUACGACAGCCCAGUGUGAAUAUCAGUGCUCUAGUAGCACAGUUACUCGCUUUCCCUCUGGGAUGCGCCUGGGCGAAAUGGAUUCCCCUCGGGGUCUUGAAUCCCGACCGGCAUUUCAAUAUCAAGGAGCAUGCCUUGAUCACAAUCAUGGCAAACGUCUCUAUUGGCUCUGCUGCUGCCACCCAAAUUAUCGAAGCGCUUGUCAAGUUCUAUAACAUGCCGUCACAGGGUGGGUUUGAAGUCUUGUUAUGUAUUACCACGCAAUUGUUUGGCUUCGGCUUAGCCGGCAUGGCGUCGCGCUGGCUAGUUGGCCCGGCAUCGAUGAUUUGGCCGCAGGUGUUGUCAAAUGCCGCACUUUUGACCACUCUCCAUUCUCGCUCUAAUACCAUCGCAGAUGGCUGGCAGAUCACACGUCUUCGCUUCUUUCUUUAUGUGUUCGUCGGUGGUGCCAUCUGGUACUUCGUCCCGGGAUAUCUCUUUACGGGUCUCAGCACCUUCGCCUUCAUUUGCUGGAUUGUGCCAUUCAAUGUGGUUGUGAAUCAACUCUUUGGACAAACCACCGGACUAGGAAUGUCGGUAUUGACCUUUGACUGGGCCCAGGUGGUCUAUGCCAACCAAAGCCCCCUGCUUGUUCCCUUCUGGGCUGGCCUUAAUGUGAUGGGAUCAUUUGCACUCUUCUUUUGGCUUGUGUGCCCCCUCGUUUACUACACCAACACCUGGUAUUCCGCACACUUGCCACUGCUCAAUUCCAACACCUUCGAUAAUACUGGAACUCCUUAUAACACCAGUCGUAUCAUGGGCUCGAGCGGGAGGAUCGACCAAACUGCGUAUCGGAACUAUUCGCCCAUGUUUUUACCGGCUGGCUACGCAAUCACAUUUGGGGUUGCCUUUGCUAACUUGACGGGCAUCUUCUUCCACAUCGCGUUGUAUCAUGGGAAAGACUUGUGGCAACAAUGGAAGGGCACUAGCAAACAAGACGUCCAUAUUCGACUGAUGUCUUCAUAUCGAGCCGUACCCUGGUGGUGGUUUGCUGCAGUAACUGUCCUGAUGUUUGUCUUGAGUAUCGUGACCAACGAGGUGUGGCAUACGGGUCUACCGGCAUGGGGUGUGCUUGUGGCAUUCGUGUUACCAGUGGUCUACUUUAUCCCUGUGGGAGUCAUCAAAGCGCUCACAAAUAUCAGUAGUAACCAACUGAACCUGCUCACGGAAUUCAUUGGCGGAUAUGCAUUCCUCGGGCAGCCCGUGGCCAACAUGGCUUUCAAAUUCUAUGGUUAUGUCGCCGUCCAGCAAGGACUCGAAUUUGUCGCCGAUAUGAAGUUGGCUCAUUAUAUGCACAUCGCCCCACGCCUUCUGUUUGUAGCCCAAGGCCUUGCCACACUCAUCGGAGCUAUCGUUCAAUGUGGUGUGACAGUGUUCAUGAUCACAAGAAUUGAUGGUGUAUGCACCCCUGAAGCCCAGGGGAAUUUCAUCUGCCCUCAUGGAAAGGUCACAUAUUCUUCGUCUCUUAUUUGGGCUAAUCAACCUUCAGGUGCUGUUGGUCCAGGUCGGUUGUUUUCUUCCGGGCAGAUAUAUAGCAAUCUGCUUUGGUUUUUCCUGGUCGGACCUGCGGUGGUAGUCAUCACCUAUCUUCUAGGUCGUCGUUGGAAAGCUGCCAAUCACGUCUCCUGGCCCGUCGCUUUUGGUGCAAUGAGUCUAGUCCCACCUGCCACAGGUAUCAGCUUCUCCUCGUGGUGGAUAGUCAACUUGAUAUUUAAUGGCGUACUCCGUCACCGCAAACCCGCGUGGUGGUCGAAAUACAAUUAUGUGCUAUCCGCCGCGCUAGACUGCGGCGUUGCAGUCGCUACAGUAAUCAUUUUCUUUUGCAUAACUCUUCCAGCUGGUUCGUUGAACUGGUGGGGAAAUGCUGUGUCGAAAACCACAGCCGACGGCAAAGGCACGCCCUACAUGGGCUUACCAGCGCAUGGCUACUUUGGCCCCCCAAAGGGAACUUGGGAGUGA